AUGGUAUCUUUCACUGACCCUCGUCGUGUUCCUUACGUCCGUCUGGGACGCUCAGGCCUCAAGAUUUCGAAGAUCAUUUUGGGUUGCAUGUCGUAUGGAUCGUCGAAGUGGCAGCCGUGGGUCCUCGAUGAGGAAGAGAGCUUGAAGCACAUAAAAUUCGCAUACGAUCGCGGCAUUCAAACUUUUGAUACAGCCAAUGUCUACUCCAAUGGCAUGAGCGAAGUCGUUCUCGGGAAAGCCAUCAAGAAGUAUAACCUUCCCCGAGAAGAGAUCGUUGUCAUGACUAAGAUUCGCGGGGCAGUAGGUAAGACCGUAGACACAUCCGCUUGGGCACUGUAUCAAGCGGGCCCGGAUAACGUUGGCUACCUGAAUCAACACGGGCUCUCUCGCAAGCACAUUUUCGAUGCUGUCCAAGCCAGUUUGCAAAGGUUGCAGCUUGACUAUAUAGACGUUCUCCAAUGUCACCGGCUCGACUCUGACACUCCAAUAGAAGAAACGAUGCAAGCCCUUCAUGACGUCGUCAAAGCUGGCUAUGUCCGCUACAUCGGCAUGAGCUCUUGCUAUGCAUGGCAGUAUUAUGCCAUCACGCACAACCUGACACCGUUCAUUUCCAUGCAAAACCAGUACAGCUUGGUCUACCGAGAAGAAGAGCGCGAGAUGAUGCCUACCUUGAAACAUUUUGGGGUUGCCUCAAUUCCGUGGUCUCCUCUUGCUCGGGGUGCUGUCGCCCGCCCUCUGUCCACAACGGAGAAGACGGCCAGGCAGGAGAGUGAUGAGAUGAUGGCGGACCUGUACCUACAACUGGGAACUGGGAACAAACAGAUCGUUGGACGCGUCGAGGCGAUCGCAAAGAAGCAUGGCGCGACUAUGGCUCAAGUGGCGUUGGCAUGGGUUAUGGCUAAGGACGUCGUAGCUGCACCUAUCGUGGGAAGCACUUCUCUCGAGAAGUUGCAAGACCUGCUGGGUGCCCUUGACGUCAAACUCAAUCAGGAGGACGUAGCUUUCCUUGAGGAGCCGUACAAGCCGAUGGCCAUCCUUGCUCACUAA